AAUGCGCCCUGGGGAUAACCAGGAGUUGUCUGACCUUUACCAAGAUCUCAACAUUUUUUGCGUUGUAACAUUUGCAUUCAAUUAUAAAGUCUGUUGACCCCGAGAAAGACACGGGAAAUGACCACAGUUUUGAUUGCAAUUGAUGAGAGUGAUUUCGCAGAAAAUGCCUUCAAAUGGUAUGUGGCGAACUUUCAUAAAUCUGACAGCAGGUUGAUCCUGCUACACGUCAUAGAAAACCUGGGGAUCACAGAUAUGAGUCCAGCCCGGUAUAUUGAGUGUCAGAAAGAGGCUCGACAGAAAGCGGACAGUCUGAAACAAAGAUAUACGACCAUGUCAAGUGAACUAGGGGUUGAAUCUGAUAUCCAAAUUAAAACAGCAGACAAACCCGAGCAUGCCAUCGUGGACACUGCGGACAAAGAAAAGGUAGCUUACAUUGUCACCGGAAGUCGGGGGAUGGGUUUGAUCAGACGGACGAUACUGGGCAGCACUAGUGACUAUAUUGUCCAUCACGCACACUGUCCUGUUCUUAUCUGCAAACGCCAGUGAGAAAGACAGACAUGAAAACUCUGUAACACGUGUAACCUUAGGUAUAAAUCUUAAUUGUAAUCACUGUGUAUUUCAUGAUAAGAACUUAUUUACAUAUUUACACUGUGUUUGUUUCAAUUGAAUUAUCGUUAUAUUUGAUUGUGCAUGUGGUACUCAAAAGGAAUGACUGUUCAGACUUAAUCGUUAUUCAAGCUUUUCUUUAUUUUACUGCGUGAAUAUGCCGUUAUAGUAUAUUCGGACUUUCAUAGCCUGUAUCAACUUAAUGAAGUUUAUAAUUUUUAUGAUAAGCUAUUAAAGGCGCAUUUAUCUACAGAAAUGCCCAUUGUAAAUCAAUACACUAGCUAGUAAACAAAAAUAGCACACUUCGGAAACUUCCCAGUCUACCUCAUGUAAAUUGUAUAUGCAGUUCACGAUUGUCUUUAUUGAAAUUAGUGAAGUUAACGUUUGUUUUGUAUAUAAAACAUCUUAUUCAGAAUAAAGAUAUGAAUAUGUUA